AUGGGAAAAUGCCCAUGGGCAUGUGCACAGGAUUGGGCGCAUUCUGUUCCUUCCAACGAUCCGGAGGUCGAAUUGAAUGCGGAUGUCCUGCGUGCUCUGCAAGACUGUCGUGCCGCCUUGUCGAAUGCGACACGGCUCACAAAGGCUCUCCAAUUAGACUUGCAACAUGCGCCCCCAGUCCUCCAUGCGCUUCGGGACAAAUGCAUCUCGUGGCAGGAGCGCAUAUCCAUGCAAAUACCUUGGGCAGCCAACCUGGCGCGGCAAAGUGCGCGAGGCAUCGCUCAAGGCCUGCAUCUCCAUCUAGUCGUGACAAAUGACCGACUCCUGGCUGCUCUCCGCCUCUUCGACGAAGUUGGACCCACUGAUUGGGAGCCUGUGCAGCAAUAUAUGGCUGACAACGCCUCCACGCUGUUUGCAGUUGAAGAGCAGGGAUCGACAGCACCGAUGAAGAUCCGGAAGCCUUUGUUUGGAAGUCUUUCUCUUUCGCAUUUGAUACCCAAGAAACGGGGACGGGGGCUUUCCACCACAAGUUCGAGCGAGCAAUCGGUUACAACAACCAAGUCGAACACAGAGACGGUUUCACUCUUUUCUUCGAAAGAUUCUCUUAAAAGCAAGAGUAGACCAAAGCCCUCGCCAAAGUUUGAUCCGACGUCCAGCUUUCUUCAGCUGAAUUAA